AUGGUUUUAACUUUGGUUAAAUGUGGUAUAUGUCAUGAGGGUGAUGGCAAAUAUAAAUGUCCUAAGUGUGCAGUACGAUACUGUUCUCUAAAAUGCUAUAAAGAUGCUGAAAGGCAUGUUCAUACGGAAAGUGCAGAGCUGGAAGUUGGUGCAGAAGAUAGUGCUGAGGUCAUAAACAAAUGUAGUUCAACGAUAAGCAAUACAUCCGCAAUAAAAAAAUCUUUAAAGACAAAGGCAUUUGAUGACGUGUAUCAAGAUAGUGCCCAGUUGCAAGAGCUGUUGAAGUACAAUACGGUGAAGUUUCAUCUAACAAAGGUUUAUAGAAUUUUAUCUAGUAGCGGUAGUGAUGGGAGUUCCGGAAAAAUGAAUAGUGACUUACAGAAAGAGUUGGCUGUCAAUUAUCUGAAUACGUUGCGUUAUGGUGGUAUACAUUAUAAUGAAGCCAUCGAGGAAUUUUGUCAAAUUUUAUUAGAUAGAUUAAAAGAGAUUGGAGAAUAG